ACUGAAUUCAUUUGGUCAGGGUUAGAUUGUGAAGGUGGAGAACACAGACUACAGGAAUGCUAUAUACCAAGUAUUGGAUGGGAAUUAACCUCAGAUUGUCAAUACAUCGGUGGUGCUCACUGUGCUCUUUCACAAUCUCUUAUCCAUGAGAAUGGCGCUGUUCAAUUCAUUUCUGAUGGAGGUCCCAACAGUGGUGCCAUAGCCGUCUUUUACCAUGGAGUGUGGGGUAAAAUCUGUCCGGAUGACUGGUCAUGGUCCCUGGCAAAUAUAGCAUGUUAUCAGCUGGGAUAUUAUGGUGCCAUUGAGUCCACUAGAGCUGUGCCUGAUACAGAUGAUGGAAUCGCCUUUCAUAUGCAUUCCCUACAAUGUGAUGAAUUUGGAGGCCAUAUUACAUCCUGUGAUUUAGAACAUUCCUGGGAGGAAGAUGAAGUAGAAUGUAAUUCUGAUGACGGCCUUGCUGCAGGUGUAGUCUGUACCCAUCAGUAUCAGGAUGUACCUUAUGAUGGUAAAUCCAGGUUGGUUGACGGCCCUGACGUUGGUCAUGUUGAGGUAUUCUUUGAUGAUUCUUGGGGAUUGGUUUGUGGUGAAUCCUGGUCUUAUGAUAAUGCCAGAGUAGUUUGCAUCAAUCUAGGGUAUCGUGGAGUUCUUAAUGCCUCAUCAAUCCAGCGGAGUGACUCCCUCUCUCGUGAAGUAGUGUUGAGUGAUGUUGAUUGUAAUGGUUGGGAAUCUUUCUUGACAGACUGCUAUUCAUCCUACCUCGAUAAUUCACGCUGCCAAUCAUUGGCUUAUACAGAAUGUACUAUGGCCUCCGAUGAAAGCAACAUGCAGGAAGAACUUGAGAUUCGACUAUCUGAUGGAGAGGUCCCUCAUGAAGGUCGAGUGGAGGUGUUCAUCCUCGGACGAUGGGCUUCCAUAUGCUCUGAUUCUUGGUCUGAUAAUGAAGCUGAAGUAGUUUGUAGACAGCUUGGAUAUAAAGAUGGAGUAUACACUGCUGUAUAUGGUGGAUACUAUGGAUCCUCACCCAACGGUAAGAUACAAGGCUAUCCCAUCUGUAGCGGUUGGGAGUCAACACUAACUGACUGUUAUCUAUACCCUGCAUACGAUGGACAGUGCUAUAACUCUGAUGUUGGUGUCAACUGUGACUCCUAUGAUCCAGCGAGAAUAAUUACGAUCAUCGUAGUGGCAGCAGUUGUUGUAGUAGUCCUAGCUAUUUGCACCAUAUCAUGUAUUUGUUACUGGUGUUGCUGCAAGAAAACAGCAGCUACUGUGCCUAUAGGAGCAGUACAUGGCGCUGCUAUGGUAGAGAUCCCUCAGUCCCUCCCUCCUGUGAUGACCAACACAUUUCCUACAGAGCUACCCAGCCUUCAGUACAGCACAUUGCCUCCUAUGGAUGAUAUUACAUUGCCCCCAGGUCAAGCCCCCAAACCUCCACCAGUUGUGUAUGUGCCCCCACCCAGUCACUAACCCCUAACCACCCCCCUCCCUAACUUGGUAAUCAUGCCCCACCCAUGAUGAUAUCGGUGAAGCCCUUUAUUCCCCUACCAGGUUUAUUUUCAAUUGAUCUAAUGCUAAUUCGUCCAAUUACCAAUUUGUCUGCUGUCAUUUGGUCUGACAUCAGUUCAUCCAUUAUCCACAUGGUCUAAUUGCCAUUUCGUCUAAUAACCAGUCAGUCCAAUAGCCAUUUAGUCCAUAUAUAAUUUGGUCUAAUUGGACCAAGUGUUGAUUAGACAAAAUUAAUGAAAAUAAAAUGGAUAUAAGACUAACUGGUUAUGAGACGAAAUUGUCAUAGACGUAUUGAUGAUUAGAACUAAUGAUUAUUGGACCAAAAGGUUGUUAGACAAAAUGUUGGAUGGAAUGGCAUAAGACUAAGUGAAGGUAGACCAUGUGUUGAGUGGACGGGUUGGCAAUUCCCCCCCCCCCCCACCCCCAUGAUAUGUAUACAUACGCCACUG